AGCGAGUUCCCAGCUUGUUUCCAGCAAAUGGCUGUUUUGGUCCAGAUUCUCAGCUGGCAUGGUGAAUGAAGUUCUAAGCAGAAAAGAAAAAAAGGUUUGAAUGUUAAUCCUCUGGCUGCUCUGAAGUCUUCACACAGUAAUUCGACAGGUGAAUUGGAAGAAUGACGGUAGCAGCAGGGUUCCCACAGACACCAGUGACAACUGGGGAAGCUCUUCUGGUUGCGUGCUCCUGUCCCUAGAUCCACUCCUGAAAGUGUAGCAGAAGAGCUGUUUGCAAGGCAACCUGAGGCACCAGACACAGGACCUGGGGAGAACCAGAAGUAAUCCCUCUUUUUUUAAGUUCCUCACAGAAGGUGCUGAUGUGGAACAGGACUGAGAACUGUCCAGAGCUGUCAGGAUGUGAAAGCCGUCAGGUACCUGUGUGCCUGUUCACUGCUGGGAUUGCUGACUCGACUCCAAAGGCUGUAGGAGGUCAGGACAUACUCUUCAGAUUACAAGAAGGAAUGAUAUUUGGGUUAUGCGGGAGUAAAUUCCUUAGAGCUGAUGCAUGGGCUUCUUCCUGGCUUCAGCACUGCAAGUAACAUGCUGAACACCGUGGAGAGGGAGUGAAAGAAGUGAGAUGCUCUGUGGAUAAUGCAUUGGGUUCUUCUGCACAUAUGUAGACUAAGGUCUGACUAGCAAGCCAGAAGUGAGGAAGUCACAGAAGAAGAAGAUUGCUCAGAGAAGCGGAAGGGAUAUAGCACAUUCAGCUGGAGUUUUUCUUGGAAGCCAUGUUCAUCCUUAAUUGAAAGAAUGAUGGGGACGUAAUUCAACAGAUACAUUUGGAGCAGCUGUUGUUCUCCUGGCUGACAGAGGGACCAGAAAAAAAGACUAUGAGAACCUUCGAAAUCUCCAGGACCGUGAAUUUCCAUCUGCCUUCACUAUAAGCAAUAACAUUCUGCACUUCCUUGCAGAAAAGCAAGCUCCAUCUGAGUGACGGUGAUCAACAUGUGAUCUCAACGACUAUGGCUGAGAAGUGCAAUUAAGGCUGUCGCUCUGUGACACUGCAGCAAACUCUGCUGGAGUAUGAAGAAGGCUCAGAAGUUCAUAUCUGCCUUGAGUGAAGUUUGACAAAAAAUGUUACAGCGGUUUUGUCUCUGGAAAUGGUUAGCUGUAGGGAUUGCAGUUGCUACUGUCUUAGGAGGUUGUUUGGCCCAGAAUGAUGAAGAUUGCAAAUUGGCCAGAACAGGUCCUCCAGCCACAAUAGUUCCUAUUGAUGAAGAAAGUCGGAACGGCACGAUCCUGGUUGACAAUAUGCUGAUCAAAGGGACAGCAGGAGGGCCAGACCCCACCAUUGAACUCUCCUUGAAGGACAACGUCGAUUACUGGGUGAUCCUGGACCCUAUCAGCCAGAGGUUAUACCUAAAUAGCACCGGCCGAGUUCUGGACAGAGAUCCGCCCACGUCCAUCCAGUCCAUCGUGGUGCAAGUGCAGUGUGUUAACAAAAAGGUUGGCACCAUUAUCAACCAUGAAGUACGGAUUGUGGUGAGAGACAGGAACGAUAACUCGCCUCGGUUCCAGCAGCAGCGAUACUAUGUGGCGGUGAAUGAGUUAACUCCAGUUGGAACAACCAUCUUUACAGGAUUUUCUGGAAACAAUGGUGCUACUGACAUUGAUGAUGGUCCAAAUGGCCAGAUAGAAUAUGUCAUCCAGUACAAUCCUAAUGACAAGACUUCCAACAGGACCUUUGAUAUUCCUCUCACUUUAUCCGGAGCAGUAGUUCUACGGGAAAGGCUAAAUUAUGAAGAAAAGACACGUUAUUUUGUCAUUGUUCAAGCAAAUGACCGAGCCCAAAAUCUUAAUGAACGAAGGACAAGUACAACCACCCUGACAGUAGACGUGCUUGAUGGGGACGAUUUGGGACCAAUGUUUCUUCCUUGUGUCUUGGUGAAUAACACUCGUGACUGUAGACCUCUCACCUAUCAAGCGAGCUUGCCAGAACUGACCGAUCCUGCACGUGUGAAUCCCAUCAGUGUCACUCCACCCAUACAAGCCAUAGAUCAGGACCGAAACAUCCAGCCUCCUUCUGAUCGACCGGGCAUCCUCUAUUCCAUCCUAGUUGGUACUCCUGAGGAUUAUCCACAGUAUUUCCACAUGAACCUCACAACAGCUGUACUCACACUCCUAAAGCCAAUAAAUAGGGAUUUACACCAGAAGUUUGACUUGGUUAUUAAGGCUGAACAGGACAACGGCCAUCCUCUUCCUGCCUUUGCCAAUCUGCAUAUUGAAGUCCUUGAUGAGAACAAUCAGAAGCCUUACUUCACAAGAUCUACGUAUGAGGGCUUCAUCCUCGAAUCCUCCCCGGUGGGAACGACCGUCUCUGAUAACCAGAAUCUGACUUCCCCACUCCAAAUCAUGGUAUUGGAUAAUGAUGUGGAGGAGACCAAGGAUCCCCAGCUCCAUCUCUUCCUGAACGAUUACAAUACGUUUUUCACUGUGACUCAGAGUGGCAUCACUCGCUACCUCACCCUGCUGCAGCCUGUCGACAGAGAAGUCCAGCAGCUUUACACCUUCUCGAUGACAGCUUCUGAUGGCGUACAGGAGAGUGCCCCAGUGACAGUCAAUAUCCUGGUGAUUGAUGCAAAUGAUAAUUCCCCAACCUUCUCCAAUAUAUCAUACAAUGUCAAGAUUUAUACAGAUAUGAGGCCUGGGGAGGGCGUUAUAAAGCUCACCGCUGUAGAUGCGGACGAGGGACCCAAUGGACAGAUAGUAUAUGAAAUUUUGGCUGGGGAUCAGGGAGACUUCAUCAUCAAUGACCGAACAGGCCUUAUCACCAUUGCUCCAGGAGUUGUAUUGUCAGUGGGGCGAUCCUAUGCUCUCACUGUCAAAGCAUCUGAUAGUGCUCCUCCUGCGCAGAGAAGGAGCUCUAUUACUACUGUUUACAUUGAGGUCCUUCCGCCUAACAACCAGAGCCCUCCCCGCUUUCCCCAACUGAUGUACAGCCUUGAAGUCAGUGAGGCCAUGAGAAUUGGAGCCGUUUUGUUAAACCUGCAGGCUUUUGAUAGAGAGGGUGACCCUAUAAGAUACCUCAUUCAGAAUGGAGAUCCUCAACAAGUUUUUAAUCUCUCUCAAAGUUCUGGACUGCUAGCCUUAGGAAAGCCCUUGGACAGAGAAAGCACUGAUCGCUAUAUUCUGAUUGUUACAGCCUCGGAUGGCAGACCAGAUGGGACCUCAACUGCUACUGUUAAUAUAGUGGUGACGGAUGUCAAUGACAACGGACCAGUUUUUGAUAUGUUUCUACCUAAAAACCUGUCUGUACAGGAAGAGGAAGCCAAUGCUUUUGUUGGUCAAGUAAGGGCUACGGACCCAGAUGCUGGUGUUAAUGGUCAAGUUCAUUACAGUUUGGCAAACUUCAACAAUCUUUUCCGAAUCACAUCAAACGGUAGCAUUUAUACGGCAGUUAAACUGAACAGAGAACUAAGGGACUAUUACGAACUUAUUGUUGAAGCGACAGACGGAGCUGUGGACCCCCGCCGUUCAACGUUAACUUUAGCCAUCAAGGUGCUGGAUAUUGAUGACAACAGCCCUGUUUUUACUAAUGCUUCCUACACUGUCUGCGUGCCAGAAAAUCUACCACCAGGCACUGUCUUCCUGCAAAUAGAGGCAAAGGAUGUUGAUCUGGGUUCUGAGGUUAACUAUCGAAUUCGGACGCAGGAAGCACUACAGUAUUUUGCACUGAACAAGUAUACAGGCGAGUUAUCCCUUUUGAAGUCCUUGGAUUAUGAAUCAUUCUCUGACACAGAAGCAACCUUCACCUUUCUUGUGGAAGCCUUUGAUAGCAAGGGCACUAUGCCUCCUGGUCUCGCUACCGUCACAGUGAGAGUAAAGGAUAUGAAUGAUUACUCUCCAGUAUUUAGCAAAAAGCUCUACAGGGGAAUGGUUGCUCCUGAUGCAGUCAAGGGCACCGUUAUCACUACCGUUUCAGCUGAGGAUCAAGAUCCUCCGGGCACACCAGCAAGUCGAGUCCGAUACAAAGUAGAUGUCGUGCAGUUUCCUUACAGCGCCAGCAUUUUUGACGUGGACGAAAACUCAGGACGUGUAGUAACCCGAGUAAACUUAAAUGAAGAGCCAAGUACGGUGUUUAAGCUAGUGGUCGUUGCGUAUGAUGAUGGGGAUCCUGUGAAGUUCAACACCACUACCGUAGAAAUCGCUGUACUGCAGCCUUCAGUAAUUCCACGGUUCACGCAGGAUGAAUACCGACCCCCGCCAGUGAGCGAAAGCGCACCAAAAGGAACCGUGGUCGCAGUCGUUACAGCGGCCGCCUUGAACCAGACAAUUGUAUAUUCAAUUGUUUCAGGAAAUGAAGAGGAUGUGUUUGCUAUUAAUAACAGAACAGGCGUGAUCUCGGUUAAAAAGUCUCUGGAUUAUGAAAGCGUGAAAAGCUACGAGCUUCGAGUUCAAGCAGACUCCUUACAAGUGGUACGAUCCAAUCUGCGUGUCCCUUCCAAAAGUAAUACAGCCAAGGUAUUUAUCGAAGUGAAGGACGAAAAUGACCACGUGCCCGUCUUCACCAAAAAAAUGUACAUUGGAGGAGUGUCUGAAGAUGCCAAAAUGUUUUCUUCUGUGCUUAAAGUUAAGGCUGAUGAUAAAGACACUGGGAAUUACAGUGCCAUGCAAUACAGACUCAUCAUUCCUCCAAUCAAGGAUGGUAAAGAAGGUUUUGUGAUUGAAGCUUACACAGGGCUAAUAAAAACUGCUAUGCUGUUCAAAAAUAUGAGAAGAUCCUAUUUCAAGUUUCAGGUCAUUGCAACUGACAAUUAUGGAAAAGGACUGAGCAGCAAAGCAGAAGUACUUGUCUCUGUGGUCAAUCAGUUGGAUAUGCAAGUCAUCGUCUCUAAUGUUCCUCCCACCCUUGUGGAACAAAACAAAGAUCAACUCAUAGGAAUUUUGGAACGCUAUGUCCAAGAUCAGAUUCCUGGUGCAACGGUCGUGGUGGAAUCCAUUGGUGCGCGGAGGUUUGGGGAUGGCUACUCUGAAGAGGAUUACACCAAGUCUGACCUCAUGGUCUAUGCAAUUGACCCACAAACAAACAGAGCUAUAAUGAGGAACGAACUUUUUAAGUUCCUGGAUGGCAAACUGCUGGAUAUCAAUAAAGAGUUUCAGCCGUACCUGGGGCAGGGGGGACGCAUCCUGGAGAUCCGCACCCCAGACGUGGUAGCCAACGUCAAGAAGCAGGCGCAAGCCGUUGGCUACACGGAAGGCGCGUUACUUGCUCUGGCCGUCAUAAUCAUCCUUUGCUGUAUGCCAGCUAUUUUAAUAGUUAUGGUCAGCUACAGACAGCGACAGGCUGAGUGUGCAAAGACUGCAAGAAUCCAGAUGGCUUUACCAGCAGGCAAACCAGCAAGCACCGCUGCCAACAACCUCUAUGAAGAGCUCGGCGACAGCACGAUGCGAGGAUAUGCACAGCAAGAGCAACAGCAGUUGCUGAGACCUUCUCUUCUCAGACCAGAGGAGUUAAGUAUGGAGUCUGGAAUUGAUCCAGGGCAGGAAUACUAUGGGCAAGAUUACUACAGUUAUGAGCAUGGGUAUGAAUUGCCUCAGUAUGGGAGCCGCCGCCGGCUGCUGUCUCCUUCGGGGAUGUAUGAUGAGUACGGGGAAGUCGUGGUGGAGAAUGAUGGUGGCUACUACUACAGUCCGCAUGGAUCCACAGCGGAAGAGGGAAUGAGUCAAGGCAGAGGUCCUUCAAGCAGAGGUAUAAGCCAGAGAGCAGGGGCUCAAAUAGAAGGUAGACCUUUAGGUGGUGGGAUGGAUCUAAGACAUGGUUCUGGAAGAGCGUAUAGGACCAGCCAGGGGAAAAGGAAACUAAAAGCAGUGAUGCAUUUAAGUCGCGUAGCAGUCAGUGCUCACAAACCAGUAGGAAGAACGGAGUCUGCUCGUUCUCCAUGGAAGAAAGCAAAGAUAUUCCCAAUGAUUCUGCAGAAAGUGAAAGGCGGUAGGAAAGAUUCCAGUUAUGCCAAGUUGAUGUCAGCUCGCCAAGUGGACGGUGAGAAAAGCAUGAUUAUCAGGGGAAGUUACUUCCAGAAAUCGACAGAUGACAGACCUUCAAUGCGAAAACUAAAUCACGUGUUAAAACGCAUUAGUGUCUCCCGAAAAUUUCAAGAGCCUAUUAGUGAAGAUGCAGUGCAUGCAAGAGGAGAAGGAGAGGAAGAAUAUGAAGGACAUGAAGCAAAAUCAGGAGUUUCAAUAAAUAUCACAGCAGAGAGUGAACAUGAGGAUAGCGAUUAUGAGAAGAAAAAGAAGAGAAGAAAAUACACCUCAGAUGAGUCAUCCGUGGAGAGCAGCAGCUCUGGUUCGGAGUCAGAAGAUAAAGACUACUUGAAAGUAACUCUGGACCAAGAUGAAGCCACUGAAAGUACUGUGGACUCAGAUGAAGAAACUGGGCGCGAUUUUGGGGAUUCUGAUGACUCCUCUGGAUCCAGUUCUAGCAGUGAAUCGGAGGAGGACUCAUCUGAAGAGGACGAUGUUGAGGAAGACUCUGACAGCAAUGAAGAUGGUAGCCUGUCAAAGAGCUCAUCUGCACGAAGUUCAUAUAGCAGAUCGGGGACUAGCGAGUCCAGCAGUAGAAGAAGCACUGAAAAGUCCAGUAUAAGAAGUAGGGGAGGUAACUCUCGUGGCAGAGCAAGGCGAUCCAGCCAGAAAUCAAAUAUUAGCUCUAAUGCAUCAGGUAGUGACAGGGACACGAGCUACAGGAAAACUUCAGGAUCCAGCUAUAGGAGCAAAACCUCCUCUGCCAGCCUUGAAAUAGAAGACACGAUAGAAGAGGUGUCAGAAGAAGAUGAACAAGCAGAUGUGGCGCAGGUCAGCGCAAGCCCCGAUGAGACAGCAGAGAACUCAGAUAAGGCAGUUUCUGAAACAUCUGCCAAAGCAAAACCUGCUGCUACUGAAGAAGACAAGAGAGGAAUAUCAGCUGGUUGUGGUGAGGCUAGCGUGGAUGACAGCACAGAAGAGGCUGAUACAGAUGCUAGUGACAGGGAGGAAACUAGCAGUAAGAAUGAAUCUUCGUGCCUAGAAAGUGAAAUCAGUGUUACUUCCAAAGGUACUGAAGGGACAAAAAGCACAACUAGUGCCACUUCUGGUAAAAAUGCUACUUCCCCUGAUGCUGAGAAUGAAAGUUCUGACACCAACAUGAAAGGAAAGAAAACAAGGGAAAAGGUGUCCCAGGAAAACAGUCAGUCUCAGUCAGAUGAGACCCUGGAUACUGCCAUUACGGAGUCAGAGACCACUGGUGAUUCUACAUCCUUUUAAAAAGGAGUGACAGUAGGUGGACGGUUUGCAGUAAGGAGUGACCUUGUUUGCUGUGCCUUCUGUGUGGUCUUUCCUAAGCAUUAUGUGCUUGACUAGAGAGGGACAAAAAGAAAAUGUCAAAGCUUCUUGCUUCAGCAUUUGAACCCCAUAUGCUGUCUUAAGGGCAGAACUGUAGAAAACCAAGUUAAUAUUCCUCUGAGAGACUACUUGGGUAUACUUAGUGGUGGAUACAAAAGACUGAUUUUCAUUAAGCAGUGGCAGGAAGGUGUACUUCUUUCUCUUUGCUAAUUUCAAUAAUAUAGUUAAAGAGGCUCUGUGUUGAUUCUUAGAUUUAAUCCUUUUUGCAUUAUGCACAUUGUGAAGCAAAGUAACGUUGCAUUUUGCAUUAGCUGUGAUGGAUAGCUUGACGAACCUGAUGGCACAAAGCCGUUAAGGGCCCUAUGUUCAUGCAGGUUAUGUCUCACAAAAGAGAACACUGCAGGGGGGGAAAAGGGCAAAACAUGGAAUUCAGUGAAGAACAGGAAUGAUGAUGAGGAUAAAAAGACAUAGAAGUCAUACCUGGUUUCACCUUACAUACAACAUUUGCUAAUCUUCAAAUGAGUUCUCUGCUGUAAACAUUAGCCUUGUUUGCAGGGAGGACAACUGAAACUGCAGCAAAGCAACACCCCCAAAACUGCAGAGUAUUACUAGCAGAGCUGGGAUUAAACUGUUUCUGGAUCAUGAGAGUCAGGUUUUAGGUACCAGUGAUGUGCAAGAGAGGAAUGCAGAGGUAGUUGUACAAAGUGAGCUUGGUCAGAAAAGGAAGUGCAUUACAUUUUCCAACUUCUGCCUUUCCCACCUAACAAUACAGCAAAUUUUUUUUUUUACACAUCUGUUUAAAAGUUUGAGAUGCGUAACAGGAAAGUAUUGCUGAAGGUAACCAUCACCUGUGUUCUGUAUUUUCGUAUCUACCUUUUAGAAUUUAAUAACCUGGAAUAUCUGAUGUCAUUCCAUAGAGACAUCUUGUAGCACUUCCAUUAGCACAGUUCUGCUCAGAGUGAGCAUGAUUGCCUAGGAAGGACUGCUGUUCCUGACAGCGCAAGUGGCCUUUCUCUUUUUGUAUAAGCAGCAACCUCUGUGUGAGGUACUUCCUCUCAGAGCUCUUAGCUGUGCUGUCAGCCCACAGAGCAUGCAAGCUCUGUAUCCACACGAGUUACCUGUGCUGUAUUUACCUCGUGUCAAAAGCCACAGAACUGUUUCUCAACCACUAGAUUUAUUCAGAUAACGCCUAAGUAGCCUAAAUAAAAUUAAAGCUUUGAGCCACUAUUGGCUUAGUCUUGUGAGUGAGCACUUUAAAGCUAGUGCAAAUUCUGGCACAUGCACCAAAGCUCUGCCAGGAAGUCUCUGUUAGACGAGGGAGAGAAAAAUGUUCAAAUUUUUAAGAUACUUGAACGUGCUGGGGAGUUACCCUGGCAGGACAAUUAGUGUUGAGCUGCAAAGCGUGAUACUAACUUUUCAACUACUGUCUUUAAUUCCACUUGAAAUGUGAGCUAGAUUUAUGAUCACUCACCUACUUUUUU